AUGCCACAUCCGUCUUUCACACAUCGGGAAAACAGGUUGUUUUCAGCGACGUGUGAAAGACAGAUGAGCUCUUGAGGUGCCAGCCGAACGCUAGAAGUCUAGAAAAUCACGCCUCACAAAGCCUUCAUUCGAGAAGUAGGAUCUAUCGGCGGACGACAACGGACUCCCUACUCGGGGAACUACUCGGCUGCAUCAAGGUCUCCGAAGGGACACGCGGCUCACGCGGUAAGACAUCUUUUUGAGUAUACUAUCCACUUCUUCUAUCUGAACCUGGAUACAGGCUGGAGAGCGAGAGGAACUCAACUCAUCUACCAUAAUUGACUAGUGAGAUGUCGUAAUCCCAUAUUCCUUGUAUUAUUUUGCACAGUCGGUGACCUCUGCUUACCUCUAACAAGGUCCCAGUAUACCAGAAAUAGACACUUUUCCGGAACUAGUAUUCCAAACUGUCGAAUAGUCCUAAAAUAUUGAUGCUCAGAACCUCUGGGGGAUAAAGGGUUCUCAAACGCGUUUUGCUGUGCUGUCUUGAAAGUCCUAACCGGCUGACGCAGCUUGGACAUAUGCUGCAGCGAUCCAUCUUUAAGCUACUUUUGAGUGCACCCAACUUGGCACAACUCAGCCAUGAAGGUGGGUACCGCCACUUGAACCGUCCAAAGUAUGUAGAUUAUUCGGUCAAAUACAAAACUAAUUGGCGAACGACUUGAUCGUUAACCGAAUAUCAUCUGUGAUCUCGCAAAACCGUCUCAGAUAACACUGUACACAGUUAAUCCUCAGAACUUGUAGACUAUUAACUUUGGGGUAUUUCCAUAAAAUGCCCCCACUCGAGACUUCUGUAAAGCUGGCCAGCUGACUAUUAUUAUUUUUUUUUAAUUCCUCACAGGAUCACCCCGCAGGCCCAGGACCUCGGACACCAAGGAAGUCGAGCGCUUUGUCGGGUUGGGGGUCCAGUUGCUGUCGUCGAUAGUACGCCUGUUUCUCAAAUAA